AUGUCAGAUAGAGGUGACCCCCGUAGGUGGGAACCACGCGGGGGGCGCUUUCGUGAAGAGCGCGCUGGGGGAGUGCGUCGGGAGGAACGAAGGGAUGAACGAUGGCAAGGAGAGGUUGGAAGAGGACGCUGCCCAUGGGAGCACCACCCAAAUGGAUUUGGUCGGGGAGAAGGCAGAGGAUUUGGAAGAGGACGAGGAAGGGGAUUUCGAGGAGGAGCUAGACAGCCCCCCCUGCCUGAAUACCUUGAUCGUGCUCUCGAAUCGACGGCUCAGAGGAAGGGUCAAGUGCUCUGCAAUGCUUGGAGCAUGAAGCUUGAAGACGGUCUAAGUGCAUGGGGAUACCCUAUAAGCAUAAGAGAGAGUGGAACUGAGAGACCAGUCGAAGAACGAAAAGAACGUAGAAGGGUUCUGGCGGAACUUCUAAAGGCAUUGACUGGAGUCCAUGAGCCUCCAGGGAGCGCGAGACCCCGACGGGUUGUGUCAAGGGGAGCCCAGCAUUCCGAGUUACUGCGAUGGUUGAUUGUGUACUCUAGCCGCAUAAGGGCUCUUAUAAAGGAAGAGCCAACACGUGAAGUGGCGCUCCGUGACGGAGAGGCUCCUUCAAGGGUGUACAAAGUUACCUUUGGGGAAGAACGACCGCUCACUGGAGGUGAUUGGCGCUUUUAUUUCAUGGCGGCCAUCAUGAGUACGCUGGAAGCGGCAAGUUACCAAAGGGCUUUCGGGCAAUCCCAGUACCUUAAGCUAGACCCUCGUUCUCUAAGGACCGAAUCACAGCUCCUCGGCAUUGAUGCAACACUUGUUCAAAGUGAAAAAAGUUGGCUCCUAAAAAUGAGCCGGCACGACCGCAAGCUCGAACUAGGCUGCCUCGAGGAUCAUCUACGAGAUAUGGAUCACCAGAAAGCCCAGAUUACUUACAGGAAUCGGCUUUGCGUUGCCGUGCACAAGGGGAAUAUUUAUAGAAUUAUUAACGUAACCGAUACAACGGCCGACCGUGCAACAUUUGAAAAAGGCGGCCAGACAAUCAAUGUUGCCCAGUAUUUUAAGGACGCCUACAACGAGCAUGUGGAGGGGAAGCUGGUGGUGCAAGCAAAGGAGGUUCGUGGAGGCUCCAGAGUGUGCUUUUUACCUGUUAACCUCUUGAGGGUUAUUGCACAGGCCCCGCCACCAACGGCAGGAUCUCGAGCUGUUCUCCGGCCCAAAAGUGCGCAAGAAACUCUCGUCGACUGUGCAGAGCUGGUUGCUGACAUCCUCCGCACGCCUGCAGUCCGGAAUCAGAUGUCGGAGCUCAAACUGCAGAUUGGCGACAAGGGCCUGCCACUCGAUGUCCAGCAAAAUGUUACGAAUUUAAGAAAGCUUAUGGGAGAUGUUCGGAGCUUUGGGGAAGCGCGAAUCUCGUGGGGUGCAACGGAACGCGAACGCCAGCAAGAUACAUCAGCGGAUCUGUCUCCGGAUUUCCGUGCGCGGCUCUGCCAAAACCUCGUCCUGCGUCAUAAGGUGCCCCUAGAUAAGCAAUGGAUGCUCCUUGUUUGCACUGGACGGAGAGAGCAUGGAGGCUCUAGGGCCGCAGAGGCAAUCAAAAAUACGAUCGAGCUAACGCGGCAAAGAAUCCGCUAUAAGAACCAGCUCGUGGUUGAGAUGGAGGCCCCUGUUUGCUGCGAGCACUUCGUCAAGACUGAGGCUGAAUGGAAGAGAGGGAAAGUGGAAGUAACCAAAAGGAGUCUACGAGACCUCUUCAGCCUGCACAGGCAAGGCCUUAGGGGAGCGAUUGUUCUGCUUGCUUACGAUUCAGAUGAGGUCAACAACAGAGUACGCAUAGCCGCCAAACAGGUUUCAGUUCAAAUGGACUUUCCAGUACAAUGCUGCAAGCUGCAAACCCUCCAGAAUUUCAAGAACAAGCCGGAGGAUAAGUCGAUGAACAUGUGGUGGAAUGUCUACCUACAGUUUCAAACAAAAAUCACUGACGAGGAAUCCCGUGCUGGUGUUCCUUGGGCGGCUGACCAGCCGCUCGCGCCCUUAAGAGAAGCACCUGCGCCGCCCACGAAGGUUUCCGAGAUCGCGCGGGCCAUUGGCAUUGCAGUCAACUCUUUCGGGCCUGCAAGCUCUCGCUGCGCAGUAGUAGGAAUCGUCGGCGGGAGGAACGUCGAGCACACGCGGUUCAUUAGCCAUAUUGGAGCAUCAGAUCCUCCGAACUACCGCGCUGGCGUCGUAAGAGACAUGGCUAGGCACUUCCAACUCUUCUGGGAAAAGUUCACUAGGCACUUAGAUGUGGCCGCAGGACAUUCUAGGCCGGCGCCAGCUCACCUGCUCAUAUACAGGUCUGCGCCGAGUGGAAAUUCGCAGAUAAAAGAGGUUCUGGCUCACGAGGUCGCAGCGAUUAGGGACGUAAUCGAAGCUGAUUUGGGUAAAAUUGAGUUUUCGUCAGAAAAGCGCGAACUGACUAUUGAGCAUCCCGUUGCAGCUGCCUUCCCAGAGGGCGUUUUUCAGUGUGCUCUGCGAAUGUGUCGGGAAACCGACUUGGAGGCAUUUUCUGGCAAAGCGGAAGACAUUGGGGCACAUAUAAAUUACAAGGGGGCUAUUUUGUCCUGCGAUGGACCUACCCUUACCUCACAAGGCCGGAACAUCCUCAGGGUCAGGAUGGAAGAGGGAUUUGUGCCCCUCUACAGGCCGCUUGGACUUCUCAUCUGCACUUUUUUCUGGCCUGAAUCAGAACCUCACCAGGUCAUUCAAGCAGAAGACAAACUUGGCGUUGUACUCCCAGACACUCAUCGUCUCCUGAGUUAUGCAAGGUCGAAUUAUCGAUGGCUCCAGCCAAUCAAGUUGACGUUCACCGCUACUGCCGACGAACCGACGCCGCACGCCAACGGAGUGAUUAUUGCUCUGGAUGGUUACGUUUCCCCAGAAGUCAAAUUUCAUAAAAACGAGCCUAGGCUAGGCAGUACUGUGUAUUUGAGGAAGGCAAUUAUCUCGCAUAUAAUCCAGCGUGUGCACCUCAAUGUGCUGGUAAACCCACACCGGCCUGCCAGCCCAAUGAGGUUCUUUAUGAGGGGCAGGGACGGUGUUCAGGGGCUCCCAGUUGGAUCCUACAUUGACAGUGGUCCUAUUAUUCCAAUAUCCCCAGACACGGCAACGCUUGAAAAGAAAUUCCUUAUUGGAACGGCUGAUCCAACAAGAGGAUCUCCUUCAGCAUCUGAAUUCCACAUUAUAGCAAACGAAAGUGACUGGUCGAGGCACUUCCUUGCAGUAGUUUCCUACAAGCUGUGCCAUAUGUAUUACAAUUGGGCUGGGACUGUAAAGCAUCCACACAUACUGCAGAUGGCAUUAGCUAUUGUGCGUCAGCAUCAAAUCUACAUCGCCUCGGAAAGCGGAUAUGGCCUCGAUUCCGAAUUCAAUCUCGACGAGCCUGCAGAAGAGCAGCCCCUGGAACAACAGGAAUCCCCAGAGGAAGGCGAAGAAGCGGAAACACGCGAACGCCUUCAAAAGCGGCGACAGGAGGGGGGUUACGCUACACAUGUCGGGGGCCGUGAAGGGCUUGAAAGGACGGAUGAUGCUGCAGAAAGGGAGGCUGGUAAACAGAAUCUGAGAGAGCUCAAAGCCAAUCUGGAACGCCCAGACAGUGUCCUGAUGACUACUGCGUUCAUGCUCUGA